GCAAUUAGGGAAAUAAAGUGAUUCAAAUGUGUAUUAUUACCCUAAGAGUGUUUAUCCUAAUUAAUUACAAGACGGGCGGACUAUAAUUAAUAUGCAACGCCCAUUUCUUGCAGCUUCUCUCCCUGUAAUUUCUGAGUGUGUCUUUAAAAUCUAAUGGCGAUCUGCUUUGCUCCUCUAUCCACCUCAUUCGCAGGCAGCGGAUGCCAGCUGAAGGCGCGUGAGGUUUUGUGGUCCUCUGCCAAGGCCCAAUCCCAAAGGAAACAUUUUCACCUGCGAACCAAUCGCAAUUUCGCCGUUCGUGCCGAGUACAGUGACGACAGUAGAGGCGGCGGCGGCGGUGCUGAUUUCGUCGCUGGUUUUGUGUUAGGAGGUGCUGUCUUUGGGACUUUGGCUUACGUUUUUGCUCCACAGAUUAGAAGAUCUCUACUUAAUGAAGAUGAAUAUGGAUUCCGGAAGGCAAGAAGACCUAUAUAUGACGAUGAAGGUUUGGAGAAGACCAGGCAGACAUUGAAUGCAAAAAUAAGCCAGCUCAAUUCAGCCAUUGACAAUGUGUCUUCUCGUUUGAGAGGUGGGAACAAUGAUGCGCCCACUGUGCCAAUAAAAAUUGAUCCUGAAGUAGAAGCUACCAUGUGAGAUUUGUUUCAGUCUCUUGAGGUACCAAUGGAGCUAAUUAAUGGGGUUUAAAACUGGAUGUGUAACCAUGUGAUCUUGCCAUAAUUGUUUUGGAGGAUGUUGUUUAUUUCAGUACUUUGGUUAUAGUAGUCAGACUUUGCAAAAGCUGCCAUUUCAAUCAUAAUUGUGAUUACAAGUUGGAGGAUUAAUAAAUGGAUUUCUAGCC